AUGCGCGACAAUUAUAACCUCUUUGUACACGUCUGUUACUUACACGAGACACUCCAUGGCUCCAGUCACACCACUGCCAGUGUUUAUGACGUGUUGCGCAAAUGCAGCACACUGGAAGCUACAGCGACACCCAUCGCGGCCAUCCGAGGCAACAUCGAUGACGCAUAUGCAAAGUGGAAGGCCACCAAGCAUGAGGCGCCGGCCUUUGCCUUCUUCUCCGAGCUCAAGCCGGCACCUCCGAACAUAUCUCGCCGCUUAACACCCUUCGUUUUCGACUCCGGCGUGUCUUGUGUCAUGGUCAGCUCGGCUCAUCAUGGAACAGGAUGGCGAGAUGCUGAUGCCUCUGUUACCGUCUCCACAGCAGACGGCGGAAACCUAGAGUGUCGAAGAUGGGUGCAACAGCCUCCUCGUUCCGGGCCUGGUCACCAACCUCAUCGGUACCAAAUUGGUUACUCGCUUUCGAGGCAAAGUGACCUUCGAGGACAAAUUCAGGAUCGCCACGGUCGCGUGAUCCAUGAACCAAUCGACGGUGAUGGGUAUUCAUCUGUCGCUAUGAUGGUAUGGGACAACAUCAUGCCUGAGCCAGCUGUCUCCCUGGCGUUCACAGCAAAUGUCAUGGCGACGUUGAUCCGGCUACUACCCAAGUCUUCCAACAAAGCUGACCUCUGGCACCGCCGACUGGGUCAACCCAGCCACGAUGCGAUAGGCGCACCAGCGCUCCCACUACUGCUCAUGACAUUCCCCGGAGCCUGGCAAUCAGCACUGGCACCCUUUUUGAUGUGUGCGUACGCAGCAAGGCUGUAUCCCCGACGAUAUCGCAUCCUCGUCAGUUCAAGCACCCAACUCCAACUGGUGUCGAUGGAUGUUAUGGGUCCACUUCACGGCGUUGUCCGUUUCACAUACGUUUCAAUUAUACAUGACGCCUUCUCUGAGAUGAUCUGGGUCGGACCUUGGCCCAAGCGGCCAAACAAGCCUCCUGGUGGCUGUCUGAGGCUUGCCAAGCUACUCAAAGAUAGGCCGUUGAAGUCAUGCAGAACAAAGGCAGCCGGGAAGUCACCGUCAAGGAAGUUGCGCGCAGUCUGUUCCUUGACGCCGACGUCGGCAAGCAACGGUGGCUGGCCAUGCGCGGUAUCACAGUCCGCCUUUGUACAUGAUCGCAUCGCUGGUGCAACGCAAGGUGGAUGUCCUUCCCGACGACACCACGACAAUUGGCUUCGCGAUCUUCCGAUCGUCAGCAAGCACCUGCGCCCCGGUGCACUUCGCGGUACCUACUUGGGUUGCUUGAACGCGGCUCGUACUAUCAAAGGGCACCGAGUGUGGCUCCUGGAACUCAAACGAGCAGUCAUCGUCAAAGACGUCCGCUUCUCCGAGCUUGAGAGUCCCGGUGCUGGUCCUUCUCCUUCGUAUCUCCCGGUCCUUGCUUGGGACAACGGACUUUUUUACGCUUGUAUUGCUGGCUACCGUCGAGGGGCCGGCGAAAUCGUCAUCGACCUGGAUGCAAUUCGUUCUGACCUCGAGGGACAGUCGGACGAGGCAAUGGCCGAGGGGGACGCCAGCGCAGAUACAGACACAAAGGUCUCUAACAAAGUCUCAGAGUUAGGUGACGACAAUCCCUCAUACCUCGAGUCUCCUUGGUUUGGUUUCUACGACGACUACUAUACUCGUGACUCUUCCAUCGUCCGCAUCACUCAGCUAUUCAAUAUUCGCGGUGAAUCCUUAGCGGGCGCUGGAUGA